GCUGCCUCUCUGUUCCCUAGCUGCACCCUGAGCAGCCUGGGGCUCCUUCACACAGGGGCUGGCUGCAGCCUUUCCUCCGAUCAGACGGGACAAGGGCUAUGAACGAGUCCUAUCGCUGUCAGACAUCCACCUGGGUGGAAAGGGGCUCCUCAGCGACGAUGGGCGGUGUGCUCUUCGGUGCAGGGCUGCUGGGCAAUCUCCUGGCGCUGGUGCUGCUGGCGCGCUCGGGGCUGGGGACCUGCCGACCGGGGCCACUGCACGCGCCUCCCUCAGUCUUUUAUGUGCUAGUGUGUGGCUUGACCGUCACCGACUUGCUGGGCAAGUGUCUGGUCAGCCCGAUGGUCCUGGCUGCCUACGCGCAAAACCGGAGCCUAAAAGAACUGCUGCCUGCCUCGGGCAAUCAGUUUUGUGAAACGUUCGCCUUCCUGAUGUCCUUCUUUGGGCUAGCCUCGACCUUACAGCUGCUGGCUAUGGCGCUGGAGUGCUGGCUGUCUCUGGGACACCCCUUCUUCUACCAAAGGCAUAUCACCCUGCGCCGGGGAGUGCUGGUGGCGCCGGUUGUAGGCGCCUUCUGCUUGGCUUUCUGUGCACUCCCCUUUGCUGGCUUUGGGAAGUUCGUGCAGUACUGUCCAGGCACCUGGUGCUUCAUUCAGAUGAUCCACAGGAAGCGUUCGUUUUCGGUGCUAGGCUUCUCCGUGCUCUACUCCAGCCUCAUGGCACUGCUGGUCCUCGCAACCGUAGUGUGCAACCUGGGUGCCAUGUACAACCUCUAUGCCAUGCACAGGCGCCAGAGGCACCAUCCUCGUCGCUGCUCCAGGGACCGCACCCAGUCAGGCUCAGGCUACAGGCACGGGUCCCUGCAUCCUUUGGAGGAGCUGGACCACUUUGUGCUGCUGGCUCUCAUGACAGUGCUCUUCACCAUGUGUUCCCUGCCUUUAAUUUAUCGCGCUUACUAUGGAGCCUUUAAACUUGUGGACAGAGCUGAAGAAGAACUGGAAGACCUCCAAGCCUUGCGUUUUCUGUCUGUGAUUUCCAUCGUGGACCCCUGGAUCUUCAUCAUUUUCAGGACUUCAGUAUUCCGGAUGUUAUUUCACAAGGUUUUCAAAAGACCUCUGAUCUACAGAAACUGGCGCAGCUGUUCCUGGCGAAAUAAUGUGGAAUCCACCUUAUGAAGGCUUUGCAUGCUCUGGUUAUCUGAAAUUCCAGCACACAUUCAAAGAACCGUGGUUGGAAAAGUCUUACAAUUUAAAUCCUUAAAAAUUAUCUCCCAUGGGGAGCUGGAGAGAUGGUUAAGCACUGAAGAACAUUUGCUUCUCUUCCAGAGGUCCAGAGGACCCAAGUUUGAUUCCCAGCACCCACAUCAGGUGCCUCACGACCACUGUAACUCCAGCUCCAGGGAAUCUGACACCACUGGCCACCAUGAGCACCUGCACUCAUGUGCAUAUAACCACAUGUGAGCACGCGCACACACACACACACACACACACACACACAGAGAGAGAGAGAGAGAGAGAGAGAGACUUAAAAGUAAUAAAAGUAAAUAUAAAAUAUCUUCCAUAAUUAAGACAUUUCAAAGGUAACCAAUUUAACAAUAUGUUGUCACUCUGUAUCUAUAAACCCUUUGGUCCAUUUAAAAGAAUGUGUAAUUAACAGCAACUAAACUUUGUAUGUUGUAAACAAUGUUAACAGUGUUGUAGCAGUGGUUUUAAUUGUCUCAACACUUGUGCCUGAUGGCUCUAAAUGUUUACAGCAGCCUUGACACCUGUGGGUUUUUAUGGUAGAAUCGACACUGCCUCACUGUUUGGAAUUUUGUGGUAGGUAUUCUUGAAGAAACCUUGCAACAGCCCGCAAAUUUUUACAGUAAAGCCUAACUUAUUUUGUAUCAUUGUUCCUCCUUUUGUUAUUGGUUUGUUUGUUUGUUUGUUUUUGUCAGAUGGCCUAAGAAUAAUCUGAAUCGUAGAUAUAUUUCAGAGGAGUGAGUUGGGAAACCAGAUCAGGUCAGGCAUUUGCAAAGACCAUUUCAGGGGCUCACUGCUACAGGUAAAGACCUGCAACUCCCGUGUAGUUAAAUGAGGCAAGACGUAACUAGGGCCAACAACUCAAAGUGGAAAAAGGAAAUUGAUCUUUUGAAGUCUGGUCUGGAUGCAGGGAUGGCAGAGGGAGUCAAUAAUUUGCAUGAGUCGGAGAUUUUCAAUUCAAGAAACUUUCAUUUUCACAUUGAUGUUUUCUUUGAAGAAGAGGAUGUAUGUCUCUUGGGAGAACACUGGUGUAUGACUUACCAAAGAGCUGUGUUAUUUACCAAUUCCAGCUCUGUCAACUCCCAGGGCAUUGAGCACAGUAAGAGGCCCACUCAGGACAUAGCCUUUAUGGAGGGUGGUGGCAAUGGCCUUCACACCUGCCUCUCACAGCUUCACUCUGCUCUUAGGAGAGGGAAUGUGAUGUAACUUCUGGCUGCUGUGAGCUGUGCUAGCCAAACCAGAUCAAUACACAGCUCAGGAAAACACUGGGAGCACUUUAAUUAUUCACUUUUGAGAUCACAGGGGUCAGCAACACAAGGGAUGGAUAAAAGUGUGUGUGGGUGGAUGGGAUGGGGGAUAGGGAGUGGCCCUGCUGGGAGAGAUUAUUCUAGCUGGAGCUCACAGCAAGCGCUUUCUGCAUUUGUAAAGCAAUAGAUGGGGAUAGGAGAGAGUUUCUGAGUCCCAGAGCGUCCUGACACUCAGAUGCUGAAAUGGUCUCAAGGACUGCAGCAGGCAGUUGCUUCCAAAGACAAGAAAGAGUUCAGCAGAAACCAAUUUUCUCAACUCUGAUUUGCCUGAGACCUCAGAGAUGGUAUUAACUUAGCUAAUGUAUGUAUGUAUGUCCCUGUGUGUGUGUGUGUGUGUGUGUGCAGCAAAACUGUGAAAAAGCCAAAUUAGGAAUAAAGAAAGUAUAAAUUGAGAGUAUGACACAAAGAAAAAUGUUUUUGG